AUGGAUCCGAAGGAGAGAGCGUAUCAUGAAGGCUUCAUGCGAGAGGCUAUUGCCAUGGCUGAACUUGCACUCAAGAGCGAUGAGACCCCCGUCGGCUGUGUCUUCGUCAAGGACGGCGAGGUCAUUGGACGAGGCAUGAACGAGACAAAUCGGACCCUGAACGGUACCCGCCACGCCGAGUUCGUCGCCAUCGCUGGCAUCUUGUCAAAGCACCCCAUCAGUAUCCUCAACGAGACGGACCUCUAUGUCACCGUUGAGCCAUGCGUCAUGUGCGCGUCCAUGCUGCGCCAGUAUGGCAUUCGAGCCGUCUACUUCGGAUGCUGGAACGAGCGUUUUGGCGGCACUGGAGGUGUGCUGAACAUUCACUCUGAUGCCAGCGUCGACAAGCCCUAUCCAGUCACCGGCGGCAUCUUCCGAGAGGAAGCAAUCAUGUUGCUCCGGAAAUUCUACGUCCAAGAGAACGAAAAGGCCCCCGAGCCCAAACAGAAGAAGACGAGGGAGCUGAAGACAGAGAUCCUGCCCAUGGACGUUCACCAGCCCAAGUCGACCCCGUCACCUGCUAUUCGUGCUCCGGCUAAUGCGACCUCGACCGGAUCCAUCCCGACACUGUCUUCUUUGAGCGCAUCCGCCGCCGCUGCAGCUGUCGCGGUCCCCAAGACUGUGUUUCCCACGCCCGGCCAGGCUCGACCCAGUUCUGCCAGCACAGCUCUUGCUUGA